GAAACGUGAACAAAACCUGGAGAAAGCCGCGGGCUCGUCCCAGUCAGUUACAGCUAGUUGAGUGAGGUUAGGUUAACCAUGCGGCCGACUCCUGAUAUUUUGGCCGCCCUCUGCGAGCAACAAGUCCAGUGCUUCUGUGAUUUCAUCGACUGCCACCAUCAAACAGUCUCCCCUCAGAUCAGAGAACAAUGCAAGGAUCUGAUCCUGUCCGACGAGACACUACACCAGGUGAGGGACAAGAUGUUGGAUGCUAUCAAGCUUGGACUGGCCAAGAGCACCAACAAGGAUGCUAGCGUAAAGUGCUUCACCACCUUUGUGCAAGAUUUGCCCAAUGGAAAAGAACGUGGCAAGUUCCUGGCACUUGAUCUUGGAGGAGGUACCAAUUUCCGAGUGUUAGUGAUCUACCUGGAUGAAAAUCACUUUGACAUGCAGUCCAAAAUCUAUGCAGUUCCUGAAAAUAUUAUGACUGGAUCUGGUGCUCAGCUAUUUGACCACAUAGCCGAGUGUCUGGCCAACUUCAUGUCAGAGAAUGACAUGUACAAUGAGAAACUUCCCCUGGGCUUUACCUUCAGCUUUCCUCUGCAACAAGUCGGGUUGACCAAGGGUAUCCUCAAAACUUGGACCAAGGGGUUCUCCUGCAGCGGUGUUGUGGGGCAAGAUGUGGUCAGGAUGCUGGAGGAUGCCAUCAGACGUAGAGGGGAUAUUGAGAUAGAAGUUUGUGGUAUCCUGAAUGACACAACUGGAACUCUGAUGUCCUGUGCAUGGAAAAAUCGAAACUGUCAUGUUGGAGUAAUUGUCGGCACAGGUUGUAAUGCCUGCUACACUGAGAGAGUGGAGAAUGUGGAGAUGUUUGAUGGUGACAGGAGCAAACCUCUCAUGAUCAUCAACCUAGAAUGGGCAGCCUUUGGUGACCAUGGCGAGUUGGACUUCAUCAUGACAGAGUAUGACAAAGAAGUUGACCGUAACUCCAUCAACCCUGGCAAGCAAGUGUUUGAGAAGAUGAUCUCCGGAAUGUACAUGGGUGAAAUUGUGCGACAAAUUCUCAUCAAGUUCACUAAGGAGAAGCUGUUGUUCGAUGGCAAGGGAUCUGCCCCUCUGUCCACCAUUUGGCGGUUCAAGAGUAAAUAUGUGUCUGAAAUUGAAAGUGAGAAGGCAGGUAUUCACACGGCCUGUCGCACCGUACUGAAGAAACUGGAGUUGGAUCAUGCUACUGAGCAGGACUGUAUCAAUGUCCGAUACGUGUGUGAGUGCGUGUCCAGACGUGCAGCCUAUCUGGUGUCGGCAGGUACUGCCACACUAAUCAACAAGAUGAGGAUCCCCUCAGUGACUGUGGGCGUUGACGGCAGUGUCUACCGCUUCCACCCGUUCUUCCAUGACCUCAUGAUGGAGAAGAUCGCCCAACUGAUCGACAAAGAUCUUAAGUGUACCCUGAUGUUGUCAGAGGAUGGUAGUGGCAGAGGGGCUGCAUUAGUUGCUGCUGUCGCCGUCCGUUGUCGCAGAGAAGCUGCUUAGAAUUUGACCUGAUGUUGUCAGAAGAUGGAAGUGGCCGGGGCGCUGCGCUUGUCGCUGCCGUUGCGUGUCGCUCUCGGUGAGGACCCUCACACAACUCAAGUCACGUAGAGCGCUCGUGCGCUGUUGUUAUGUCUCAUUAUGAGGCACCUUGGCCCAUUUCAUUUUGAUAGUACUUAAUAUUUAUAUAAUUUUGUGUGAUAAUUGUGUUAAUAUGUCGCUGUUGAGCGUCUAAAAAGAUUUUAUACAUUAUGUUUUCUGCGGUGAAAAACUUAUUUGGUUCAGUUUUGAAAAGCAAAAUUGAAUCAAAUCACUUCUAGCACAUUUAUGUAAUGAAGCUUUAAACGUGAUUUCAUUUCACUUUAAAUGGAACUAUCAGAUUUAGUUUUUGAAGUACUUGUACUUAUAGCUUUCUUUAAAACAUUAGUUUUGAACUACUCUUGUUAACUAUUAGCUUUGAAAGUGACUAAAUAAUUCACAAAAAUAUUUUCUGUUGUUGUUUCCUAUUCUAUAUUAUGCUUUAGAUUUAUGGAAUUCAGGAAUAAAUACCAAGAAGACAAUACAUGAUUACAGCAGCCUGUGAGAUGAUAGCAUAACCUAACCUAGACCAUUAUUUGUAUUGUUCAGCAGUACAAACCACAUUGUGUGUGGGCUUGCUACUCCAUGUACUCUUCUACUGCCAAUUUUUACUUCUAAUUUAUCUCUAUACAUUCCAAAUUUCUUUAGCCAUACACGUUUUGUUUCAUUUAUAGUAAAUGAUACAAUAUUUCAUCCCACAGCAAUAAAACCAAUAUCAAAGUCUUUCUCGUAGAGUUGCAUUAAUACAUGUGCUACUCAUUUUCUCUUUAUUUUUAUAAAUUCUUGAUGCGUGUAUGAAUAGUAAAAUUUAUAUUUUAAAGUAAUUUUUCAGUUAUGGAAACAACUGGUGCAAUUGGUGUAAAAAGAAAGGUACAGUACGAAAAAGAAACAAGCCUCCCCAACCUCCCCAACAGACAUAAAUUUGGUCACCACACCUUGUGCUUUUAUGUAUUUUUUUAGAAAUAAAACCCUUACUAGUUUUAGAAUUUUGAUAUUGUAAGCUAUUUUCCUACGGCUAGUGUGAUCGUUAUAUUUAUAGAUGAUAACUUUAAAAAUAUUGUACAGUAUUUGAAAUUAUUGUUGAUUAAUCAGAUAUUUUGUUAUAAAAAUAGUUGUUGCCAUUAGUAAGAACAGUUUCACUUUUAAAAAGUGAAGAAGUGGUAAAGUAUUAAAAAGAAAAGUAAA